GCCUUUUUUUCUUUGUCUUUGCUGAAGCGGGUCCGGAGCGGCGGAUUGUCGGCAUGAUCCGGCUCGGGUUCUCGGGCGGGGAGCCGGGGAUCGGAUCGGGGGUGGAAUGGAUGAUCCUCUGCGGAGCGAGACGGACAAGAUCCAUGCGAACACCGGCGCCUACCGAAACUCUGUCCGCACAAUGGCUGAAAGGACGGGCAGCAAUGGCUUCUCAAAUGCAUCAACUGCAGGAAAGGGCACGGUUUCCUGCCGAUGGCUGUGGAUGCUCAGCGGCUCGUUACGUGGCAAGCGGCUCCUCAAGUGUUGUAUCUUCGUCCUACUGACUUUCCUUCUGUUUCUCUGGAGCAGAAAUAUUAGUUCCAACGACGUCCGGAGCAGUCGCUCCUUAACGUUAAACACGUCCUUCAUGAUGCUGCCGUCCAGCGAAUGUAUCAGCAACACGAUCUUCCUCGUCCUACUGGUCACGAGUUCCCCCGGUCAGUUCCAGACACGCAACGUUAUCCGCCAAACCUGGGGGAGCAGACGGCGGGUUGGAGGAGCCACAGCGGUCACUUACUUCGUGUUGGGGCACGGGCGGGAGCGGCAGCCCUGGAUUGAAAUGGAGAACGCUCUGCACCGGGACAUCAUCCAGGCUGACUUCCAUGACACUUACUACAACCUGACCCGGAAGGUGCUGACGGGCCUGGGGUGGCUCUGCAGCUACUGCCCCUCCGCCGCAUUCGUGAUGAAGACUGACACCGACAUGUUCGUCAACACCGACUACCUGCUGGAGCUCCUGUCCCGCGCCCCCCGCAGCAACUUCUACACUGGUGUCAUUUUCGGAGGCAUGCUGCCGUUCCGCCAGAAACAGAGCCGAUGGUACGUCAGCACGGAGGAGUACCCUGGGGAAAGUUACCCACCUUUCUGUUCCGGCACCGGUUACGUCCUGUCCAUGGACAUGGCGUGUGCUGUGUGGAACAUCUCCCGGACUGCGCCGCUGUUCAAAUUGGAGGACGUUCACGUGGGGCUGCGCCUGGCGGAGCUGAACAUAAAGCCGGUGCCCAUCCACUCCAAGCGCGUGUUCUUCAAUGGCAGGGUUCCGUUCUCCAUCUGCACCUACCGGCGGCUCGUCACCUCGCAUCACGUGGACGACUCGGAUAAGCUGCUCUACUGGCGAGGCGUUAUGGACUCAGACAGCGCGGACUGCCCCGAAAAGACGUGACGAAAGCGUAUCGGGGAGAGGGUGAGGUGGUGGUGGGGGUUGGGGGUGAGUGUUGCACUUUAAGAAGCAGGUGGAGGCCAGAUCCGGGAGAGGGCGGACGGAUCGGCGGGGCGUUGGAAUGCCGCUGUGUGAUGGACAUU